AUGAGUUUAUUGCUGAUGGCCACAGGCAGAAAAUAUGCUAAAGGCUAUGAUCCUGACAACUGGCUAUUGAUUGACCCAGAAACAGCAGAGAUUAGACUUCAAAAGUUCCCCGACAGAGAGUCCCCAUCUGUGAUUAACGGAACUUACUACGCUGAAAUACUGAGUCUGAGUGAGGACAGGCGUUUUGGGAUUGCCACUGGAACAAUAGCGUUGAAGGUGGGAGAUGUGAAUGAUGACUGCCCCACAUUGACCAACCACGUGGAGUACAUCUGCUCAGACACUGAGGUGAUUAAUGUUACGGCAGUGGAUAAAGAUGGAGAUCCAAAUUCAGCCCCUUUCACCUUCCUCCUUGUGGAAGAGGAGAGCCGAGGAGAUUGGAGGGUUGAACCUUUAAAUGGUACCAGUGCAUCCCUCAGGGCUUUGAAACUUCUUUGGGCUGGUCACUACCAGGUCGCCUUCAUCAUCCAGGAUCAGCAGGGCCUCGCCUGCCCAGACCCUCAGUACCUGGACCUACAUGUGUGCUCCUGUGAGAAAGGAGAGACCUGCAGACCAGCAGGUAUAGAUGGUCUAACAGCUUCUCGCAAGGAAUCCUCAUCUACAUUUGGAAGACUGGGAGUGGGGGCACUGAUCCUGGGACUUCUGAUGCUGCUUGCUGUAGGUGUCUUACUGAUAACCUGCUCACGUGGAGGAGAAUCAGGGAGCUUCUCUGAUUUCCCUUUUGAUACCACAGAACACUUGAUUGUCUAUCAUACAGAGGCCCGAGGCGAGAACAAGGAGGUCCCUCUGCUUAGCUCUCCAGUCCAGACAAAGUCUGCUGCCGUAGCUAAAUUAUCAGCCAGCAAUGGAGCUUCCAACACCAAAGCAAACACAACAGCUACCUUAGGGAAUCUUCAGAUGGGCUCUGCCAACAAAACCUACACGUCGAGGUAUGGGGCUGAUAGCAGAAACUGGGAGAGCAGCUUUGGAGAAUCCAGAGAGACCCGGACAGAGUUUUACUCGAUGGAGGAGGAACUGUUACGGUUUGACAGCAUGGAUGACAUUGCCCUCUCUGAUGUUUUCUUGCAUCAGUACUACUCUCAGAAAGCAAGAUGUGCUGCAAAAAAUCAAGCAGCAAGAGAUUGUGUGCUUGAGUAUGAGUAUGAGGGCCAGGGCUCCCCUGCUGGCUCAGUGAGCAGCUGCAGCCUCCCAGACUCUGACAAAGACCAGCACUUCCUUGAUGACCUCAGGCUGAAGUUCAAGAAGCUGGCUGACAUCUGUUCUCCUCCUCGACCUCCGACACCUCUAAGUUUUGUCACCCAGCAGGUGGAUAAAGUUGACCACAUUGCUGCGCCCUUAUUGGAGAGUAAACCACCCAGCAUCCAUGGCAAGAUCCAAGAGCAAACCCAAAAUGUCAGCAUCACCCAGUCACCCACCAGUGACAUCGGCUUAAGUAGGACCUCCACCAGCAGCACGCAUAGGCAAAAAACAACCAGUGUCCCAAGUUUAAGCAGGAAAUCCACCAGCAGCACCCAUGGGAAAAAAUCCACGAGUGUCACAGGCUUUGAUGGAACAGCUUGUGGCAGCAUUUACAGCCAGUUUUCACACAUGCCUCAUUCACCCCAUAUUAGUCCUGUUACCACAGCCAUGAUGCCCUCUGUGGCUCAGAUGCUUGUACUACAGCAGCAGCCAGUCUACUACACCACCACCCCUAUGAUGCAGCCAAUGCAUUACAUAGUCCAACCACAACUUCAGAACACAGUGCUUCUGGCUGAUGGGCCUGUCAGCAACCUGCAGGGUAAUUCCCCCGUGUAUCUGCACGGGGGAAACACUGCUGGGACUUUCAGUCUGGGUAGAAGAAGAGGCAACAGAGUGAUGGAGGAUAACCAGGGAGUAAAGACAUGGACAUUUUCUCAUGGCCCAGGAGUAGUGAUGGGUGUCAGGAAGAGUGGUCGAAGGAUCAAGUCAGAGAGUGGAGAGGCAGCUGAGACAUGUCAUAGUAGUACAGGGAUGCAGACAGGUCGACGCAUCAGUUUGGGAGCAGUAGAGUUUGGAGAGGAACAGCUAGUGUUCACACAGGAAGGAGACAUGAGAAGAAGGGUGGGAGGGGACCUGCCUGGGGAGAGUGGUAGGAAGUGUCUUGCAACGGAGGUCCAACACAUCACUGUCCUUGAGGUAAAGGCAGUGUUGGUGAGGUCCGACAACCACCCUUCAUCAACAGACAGGGCGGAGUUUGGUCUGCUGCCCUGA